AUUACUAUGUGGUUGCGAGAUUGUUCAAGGUUUCCUCUUGUGGCCUCUUACUGAACAUCUGAAGUAAAAUUAAAUGAUUUGUGAAGCUGUGUUGUGUCUAAAUUAACACUUUUCUGUAAAAUCCUCAGAGUUUAAAAACAGUUUAGCUUGUUCAAUCUGAGGGCUAUUUUAACAUCAGUCACAGUGAGUGGAUUAUCACAGUGUAAUGAUAAAAGUAAUUCAUUAAUAUGAGGGAUUUUAACAGCUGAUCUGUCACAUUUACAGAUUUCACAGGAUUAUAAUGAAGAAAUGACCACUUCUGUCACUCUGAGAUUAAAGUAAAGCUGGAGUCCAAUAGUUUCUAGUCCUCCAAAAGUAGUGUUUAAAAGGAGCAAAAGGUGUUUUCUAAUUCAAAUUUGCUGCAAGCUAAUCUAUAUUACUACCCCCAUCAGAGCCGGCCCAAGGCAUAAGCGAACUACGCGCUUUGGGACCUGCGGCCAGUAGGGGGCCCCCAAGAGCAAUCAAAAAUAAUAACAAUAAUAAAAUUUUAAAAUAUAUAUAUAUAUAGAUAUAUAUAUAUUUUUUUUGCAUGUAUACUUGAUGCUCUCUGUAUGAUCAAAUAUAUAUUGUUCAUUAUCAAAAAUAAAAUAAAGUCAAAAAUUUAAGUGCUGUUGCUGAUGUCGGCCAAAGCUACGCUACCGUUAUGUGCCUCCUGCUGUGCAAUGCGCACUGAGCAUCCUGAAUAUGUUACAUUUUAAGAUUAAAAACCAUAUGUGGCACCCUGAACAUCAUUCAUCAGUCAUUCAUUGGUAUUAUUUGUAUGGUUGCAUUGGUAUUAUUUACGUUAUUUCCAAGGCCACCCCCUUAAAUGUGUAAAGACAUGUCAGGCGCAUUAAAUGUAUACUGUAGUAAGUGUGUGAAUGAUCAACAAUCAAUAUUAUUGGCAGAAAUAGAGGGCCCUAAAGUCAAAUUUUGCUUAGGGCCCCACUGAGGCUUGGGCUGGCUCUGACCCCCAUGCCUUAGGGUCCAAAUGGGGUCACAGCAGAUUUGAACCCUGGAUAAUUGGAGCAAAUUGAGUCUCUGUAUGAAGAUUGUAAACACAGGCCAACUCUAGAAAUCUGCAGUUGACCUAGUUAAUAUUUAACACGUUGAGACACAUCAACUCUUCCUGUUUUAUAACCCUUCACUUGUUCCUCCUUCCACCGCCUUCCUGGUUGGGGGCGCUCUCGCUCCUCAGCCUGAUUUGGACCUCUGAUUUGAACACUUCCAGCUGCAGCCGUCUACCCAACCGGAUCCACCGGAGAACCGACCCACUGUGAGCAUCCCGACCAUCCACCACCCACCCCGACAUGGACUUCUCCAUCCGAGCAGCCAACGUGGAGGACUGCAAGGACAUCGCGCGGAUGAUCAUGGUGAGCGAAGCGGACACGUGCGUCAACGCGAGGAGAGCCGAGCGCGAGCAGCCAUGGCUGUGUUGUAUUGGGGAGGGGGGUCAGCAGUGAAUGAGUGAGGGGGGGGACGUUAAAUAAUCUGUGAGUCACAUGCUGACGUCAGGAGAGCCACGGUAAAGCGGUUAUUCGAUUAUUCGGAUGUUAUUGGAUUAUUAUUAUUCGAGCAGCAGAUCAGCUAAUAUCGGUCAUGUAUGUCAGUGCAAACAGGGUCAUUGAAGCUAAUAGACUGAGGCUUUAACUGGGGAAAGAAAUGUGUCAUGUCAGACUAUUGAGAAGAAACCGGUGCUGUUUCUGUCUUCACAGGAACUGGCUGAAUAUGAGAAGAUCUCACAGCAUGUUAAAAUCACACAGAGAGGUACAGUAUCUGUUAUCUCCUCUAGGCUUGUAUCUUUGAGGACCUUGACUUCAGGUACAGAUGUGGUGACCUUUACUUUAAUAAAGCAAAGACAAGUGGAGACUGAAAGCAGACGAAGCAGCUUCAACACUAAAAUGAUAAAAUAACUACUCUGAAUAUGGGUGUACCAAAGCAGAUAAUGACCUAGUUAUUGAAAACACCAGAGUCCAUUUAGUCCUUUAGUCUAAAUAUUCUCGUCAGUCAAUCAAACUGUAUAUUUACAAGCACAGCUACAGUAGGUCAAGCUUAGGUGAUUUAACAGGAGUACUCUGUCAUGAAUGGUGCACAAAACAAAGGAAAAAAGACCCAAAAAUGCAGGAAAAAAUAAAUAAAUAAAAGACGAAACUUAAAACAACAAAAGUUAAGUUGAAAAAAUAUCCAAGAGAAAAACCAAAGAAACAAAAAGGUACUGGGGGAAAAAAAUCAGUGGAUUCAAAAGAGACUGGGGGAAAAGAUCACAAGGAGACCAAGACAUCUACUGACACUGACUGACAAACAUGCACGCAAUGAACCAACCAGGACAGAAGGGAAGACAGGGACUAUAUACACACACUGGGAAACGAGCAACAGGUGAGGCUAACGAGACACAGGUGAAACUCAUGGGUGAUUAACGAGGGAGGGAAAACCAGACUAGAAACACAAGAUAUCAACUACGGCAAAAUAAAACAGGAAAUAAACACUGAAAACUGAUCUAAAGAAUAAAACACAGAGAACAGGAGGGAACCAGGACUGGACCACAGGGGAACAGGAACACUGGGUAAAAUACGCAAAAAAUGCACUCAAUAAACAAAACCAGGAAAAAACUAAAUUUACAGAACAUAUCAUGACACUGUCCUUUUUCCAAGUUUAAAUUCACUGGGCAAAAAUCAAAUUAUAGACGGAAGCAUGUCUGCCAUGUCUGAAUUGCAAGUUUGCUAGAAGCUGAUGAGAUCUACGUCAAACAAUACCUACAGUUUUAGGGCUCUGCACCAUUUGUUCAUAUGAUAAGAAAAUUUUGUUAUUUUAACUUCCCUCUUCAUCUUUGUUUUUAUUUUUUACCAUCCAGCUUCUUAGAAACGCAUCUGUGCGAUUGAACUUCUGGCUUUAAGUUUGGCUUACGAACACUGAAUCGAAAGUGGAACACUUUAGCUAGUUUCGUGCGAAUCAACCCCCAACCGUAUUAUCUAAACAUGUUAGUCCGACUACAGGAUGUUUGAUCCAAUGCGGUUUUAGUUUAACUUGCGUGUUUAAGUCGUAAAACUCUCAGUUCAUUCUUUGUUUCCAAAUGGUGUUACGAUCAACCGACUGCAGCCAGUUAAAGGACUUAAAUUAGUGAUACAGUUGCGGUAUGUUCGGCUAUGUAGCUAGUCCUAAAAUCCAGGUCAGUUUGGAAUUUCAUAGUUUGGUCGCUUACAGUGUUCUUGGUUUUUGGACCACAAAGAAACGGUCUUCUCUCUGCCCGUCGACACGAUUAGAGUCAGUCCUCCAGAGUCUGUUAUUAAAGUUGCAUACUGACAUUGGUCAGUUUGCAGUUCAAACCGAUCAGAAUGAAGCACUUAAAAUGGACUUACACUAAGCUCAUUUAAUAUGCGUGGUCUACGUCAGCAGGAGCCGUCUCUGUUGUUUACUAAAAUGUCUCAUGACGGGAUGCUGGUUUGGCUUUGUUGUUGAAUUGCGAGCUCCAUCAGCUGUGGCUGGAGUCCUUGAAAAGAACAGCCAAGGUCCGAUUCCGACCCAAGGCCCUUUGCUGCACGUCAUUUCCAAUCACUUCAGUUCUCGACUCUAUCCACUAAACGAUUUAGCACAAUGAAAACACAAAGAGACCCCCUGAUUUCUUCGCAGGUCAGGUGGGAAUCUGUUCGAACUGGAUAAAGACAAGGCACAUCUGCUAGAGUGAAAACAUCUCUGUGGUUUCUGGGUAGAAAUAUGAAACUGGAAGCGAAAAUUAAAAAAGCAUCAGUUUGAACAAAGCUGAGGUUGUGGAGCUAACGUUGAGGUUGUUUACCGGAGCAAAUAAAUGACAGGGAAUGAAAGUAGGACAGUAUUUCACUUUUAUAAGGGUUACCAGUGUCUUUGUGUUUUUUUACGCAGACUUGGAGCAGGACGGCUUCUCCAAAAACCCGUUCUUUCAUGGGAUCAUCGCUGAGGUGCCAGAACAACACAAAACCAAAGAUGGUGAGAAAGAACAACCAGUCACUCUGUGGGCUUCAACUUCCAACUGUGACUUAUUAUCCUGCUGUGACUUCACUUCUUCAACUGGGCAAAAAGCAAAACAUUCAUCGAUAUGUCCAUCAAAAAAGAGCUGAACAUCAGCAGUUUCUUAACUCUACCACCGUGUGUGAUUGGCACUGAUUAGCCUCUUAUUUUUUGUUGGAUUUUCUCUCUAAUCAAGUAUGACAGUUUCAAUUUCAAGGCCUGCAGCCAGAUGGCAGCUACGGAUGUUUGAGCAUUUCCCAAGCCCAAAGUGGCUCAUUUGGAUAAACCACAAAUCUAGCCAACCAAAAUUAUUGUUUCAAACUGAUUUCUGGAUAUAAAUACUGUUAUUCUGUUCUGUCCCCAACCCAAACCCAACAGCUUAAUAUGGGAGCUAUCUUACAUGAAUAAAUGUUGACUGUAGCACAACAGAAAAGUUGAUUUUUUAUGAGUUUUUUACCUUUUUUGUUCAUAAAACUUCCAUAAAAGAUCUCUCAAUUUAAAGCGUUAUCAACACUCUGUAUUUGACACGCCAACAGGUACAUUAACCCAUAUUUAUGAUCCCUGGUUGAUGUGUCAGCACGAUGCCAAUGUGACCUCUCUCCUUACACUCCUUACAUAACGAGGCUAACACGCUACUUUUCCUCAGAUUACCGUAAAGGGAACAUUAACGUACGCUCUGCUGCUCAGCUGGGUCUCUUUCUUCCAUGACACGGCUCUUUUUUUUUUCCAUACCGUCACCUCUUACUGCUCCCUGCUGGCCUCAGAUAUCAGACUCCUGGCUGCAUGUGUAAUCGAGUUUGACUCACUACGUCCCAUGACUCUGAGAAACUCAUAUUGACAGAGUCGUGUUGACUCUCAUAUUUGUAGGUAACCUCGAGAGAAGCCUUCUUUCGGAAAACCUGUUUUAUGUUUUCCAGCAUUGUUGAAAGAUUUCUUUGGGGGUUGUCCUAGUCAGCCAGCUCUGGCCUGAUCAGUUUUCUAGAUGUUAGUCAUAUCAGGAGUCACAUCCUGUUUGAAAUCAUAAACUUGAACGUAGGCCUGGGCAGUUUGGCCAAAAAAGUGAUCACGAUAUAUUUUGUCAUAGCGUCCGAUCUUGAUUAUUUUCACGCUUUUUUUUAAAAUGCCAGUUUUAAAGCAUCUGUACUAAAAACUAAAGAAACUAGAGACAUUUUGUUGACAUACAAAGUAAAUAACAAAGAAUAAGAUAAAUACCAUUCCAACUCAACAGCACAACAAGUAUAGAUAAGUAUUAACUAAUACAGUGAACUAGUUUACAGUCCUGAGUGUUUUAGCAGGUCUGCAAGACCCAAAAUAAACAAAUUGUUCUUCAGGGAUAAUGAAGACGCCUUAAAUGUAAACAUUAGAUGAUACCAUUGAUUGCUGCUUUGGUCUAGUAGCUGCACCGCUAGUUGUGGCUAAACUGCGAAUGCGACUUGAGCCGUCAGCAGUGACAGGCUGUACAGACUCUGCUCCCAUUUUCAUGCUUUUCGCAUAAUCACUCUUUAAAUGAUUAAACAGAUCUGUUUGUGUUGCUGGUUUUUAAGGGCACAGACCGCCGACAUAUCUUGCACAUCGGCUUAAUUAACAGCCGAUGUGCAAUAACAACACAACCGACACUGAAUAACUUUUCGUCUCAAUGAUCGCAUCCUCUGAGGAUGAUUCAAAGUCAUAGCUGACAUCUAUUUUGCUGGCCUCAGCUCCGCGUUUAGCUCCACGAUUGGUCAUUCUGUUUACUGUCCCUGUUUACUUCUCCGUCAAUUUACAGAAAUGCGAAGCUCGACACAUUUUCGCCAUGUCGAGUAAAUAAGUUCACAACUGAUCACCGUGAUCGAACUGCAAUUUAUCAUGAUCAUAUAAUCGCCCAGUCCUACUGGACCGUACAGCUCAGGUGAAGUAUUGUCUUAAAGCUCCUGUGAGUAACAUUUGGUUUAUGUCAAUUUGGCGCCCCCUGUGGACAUAGCAGUCUUUGUUUAUCUUGUCCUUAACAUGCUUAACUAACAGUUUUUGAUGCUUGUUGCUAAAGGUCUUUUUUUUUUUUUUUUUUGCUUUUGUACAUCAUAAAAAGGCAUCAACAUGAACUUUGGUCUAUUUUAUAAAUGUCCCAAAAUGUCUCACGGGGGCUUUAAAAGAAGUGAUGAGACAGCAGGACUUAGCGGUGAAACAAGAUGAUGAAAAUCUGCGUUUUUGCGACUAAAUAGUCUGUAGCAUCUUCAAGCUAGUUUUGUAUUUAAACCGUACAAAUCGUCUGCUUUGUUUUAGUUUUUUGGCAAAACAGACUUAUUAACCGUUUUAAGUAAGCUGCCUAGCCACGCGUCAGACGAGUUAGCAACCAGCUGUUAGCAAAAUCAAGUAAUAAGUAGCUAAAGCUCAAUCGAAGGAGUUGCGCAAAAACCAAACAUGGUAUGUGUGCAUGUCUUGCUAGCUUGUUAGCCAUAUUUACUUACAAGGCUAAGAAUGCUAUUUUUUAAUGUUGGUGUUUUAUCACUGCCCUCUAGUGGUCAAAAAUACACUUUAAGAACAAUUCACACUUUGUUAUGAAAACAACAAGAGAGUGGUCAAAAGUGGUCAAAAGUUUUAACGAGUUAAGCGCUCUUUUUAAAGCUCCUCUGAGCAGUUUUUAGCUUGUUGUGAAAACAAUGGAAUGAAUACAGACUUCUUUUUAUAACCUGCAAAAGCAAACCAAACCGUCCAAAUAGAGACCGACUAUUUUUAUAAAGUUAAUUUUGGCGUCUGAAACCACUGGCGGGAAGGGUAGGCGUCAGUUGAAGCAAAACAGCCUUUGUUUACAUUUUACAUGACAAAGAGUUUCAGCGAGCGAGUCUUCGGAGUGUUUAAAUAAAGACGGAUAAAAAAAAAAAAAACAAUUCAAGUGUACAGGACAAAAUCAGUAAACACAAAAAUACCACUUCUUCCAAAAAGGACAUCUGAAACUCACUAAAUUUUACAUUUUUUAACUGUUUGCUUUCAGGUCAUACGAAGAUCGGCUAUGCACUUUAUUUCUACUCUUACAGCUCGUGGUCAGGCAGAGCUGUUUAUAUGGAGGACUUGUACGUGAUGCCAGAGUUUAGAGGUACUAUGACUGUCUCGGAAAUACAUUUGAUUGUUGUUUUAGAGUAAAGAUUAAUAGUCAAAGUGUAAAAUCUGAAGUUAACUGAAGCUUGUGUCUUUCAGGGAAGGGUAUCGGUAAAGCCCUGAUGAGCAAGGUGGCGCAGGUGAGUGAAACGUCGAUCUGUUUUUAAACUGGAACAGUCAAAUUUAAGGUUCGUUCGUCCUAACCCUGACCCUUUCGUUUUGCCGUGUCGUAGCUUGGCCUGGCCGCCGGCUGUGGCCAGCUCAACUUCACCGUCCUGGACUGGAACAAAUCAUCUAUGGACUUUUACCUCAACCAGGGUUGCACCGAUGUUACGACCGACAUGGGCUACCACUACAUGAGUUGCAAGGGAGAAGCGCUGGAGCACCUGGCCCAACCUUAAGCCAACACCUGGCUGAUGACGGCAACACCUUUUGGCGUUAAGGUUGACAUACACAGUGCAGGGAUACAGUGGCCCCGUUCCAAUACUUAUCCAUGACAAUCGAUAAUAAAGUGAUGGCCCAAAAAAAGAAGAUUAAGGAAAUAAUUGACUGUAACUGUAACUGUAGCAUCUGUUAAUGGCUAAUGAGCCGAUGCUAACUCACCUAAAUAGUACUAAUAAUAACAGUCUGAAUAUUAUGACAAAAAUUAGUAUGUGCUAACACUGUGAAAGUGAUUAGUCCUUUAUAGUUUUUAACGGCUCUAGCUGUUUACAUUCAGAUCUACAUGAGGCUGUUUGCGUUAUUUCAAAAUAAAAGCAUGUUUUUACAUGACUGGACAGAAAGCAGCCUAAACACAAAACAGUUAAAAUAUCAAAAUAUAUUUAUUACAUAUCAUAUUUAUUUCUCUGGAAAGUUCUUGUCACAGGGAUUCCUUUUGCAAUAUUUUUUGUUUGAGUAUUUUGGCCACUAUUAUGACAAGAGUUGUAAAAUUUGAUGCCCUGGUUGCUUUACUUUGAAAUAAUUGGGCAGUAUUUGUUUUUGUCCUUGCAGAUGAAGCUCCUGUGAGGAGUUUUUUUGAAGUAAACGAAACAAACUGAAAUUCAUAUUGAUGCAUUGUUAUGAUAUACUCAGGCAAAUAAAACCAUCAGUGACCAAAUUGACCAUUUUUAUAAAGUCAGUUUUAGUCUAAAGGUCCUUACACACCGGGAACGAUGCAAAUAUACAACGCGAAAUUACGAAAUAUUCGGAGGCGAAUUUUGACGCGCCCAUGAACCGAAAAAUAAAUGCCGCAAUAUCGCAGGACGAGAAAACGUCGCUGAUGUGAACGCUCGUAUUGACAGGACACGGGUUCGAAAAAAAAUUUGACGUCCGAAAUAACGGCAUUAAAAAAAACUCCGAGUGUGAGAGGACCUUUAGACAAGCGAUGCCUGUUUUGUCCACAGGGGGCGCCAAAGUGAACUCAAACUGGAAGGUCCUCACAGGAGUUUCAAGUUCUGCAUUUUUGAUAUUUUAGAUGUCACUACAAGCCUCAACAAAAAACUUAGUUGACCUGCUUUGUUGGGAUUACAAAAGGGGUUAAGAAACAGUCAUUUAGCUGAGCAUUCAGCGAAAGGAUGCACACAAAAAAAAAGUAUUGGAAUGGGGCCUUUGCAAUACAUUUCAAUAGUACACAAUUGAGGCACUUAAACGUGUGUUUUGUAUUUACCUAUGUGACACAUUACGACCUAGAGCACCUUUGAUUCAUGUGUUAAAACAAAUAAGUGUUAAUAAUAUAGAAUAAAUGUCAAUGAGGAGGGUCUGACAGGAGCGUGAAUGGGGUUAAUGGAGAGAUUUGUUCAUUGUAAUAAUUCAUAAACCACAAUUAAAACCUUGUUUUGCACAAACAUCUAUGAAAGGAUUAUGCACUGGAAAGCCAAGUUGUACAUUCUUUGUAUGAGUGUCUGUAAAGAUAGACGAUCUGGGUGUCCUAUCCCUUUAAAUUCAUUUCAACUAUGUCAACAGCAACCAAAGAGUUAGUCAUCUCUCCCAUCGUCUUCCAGAUGAGGAGCUCUGUGAAGCUGUUGUGAAGCACAAUGUUGAUAUUUGCACUGUUUUCCUCACUUAGUGAAAGAGUUAGAGUGACUCGGGUUCAACCUGGUUUCAGAGGUAUGCGUCUGAGGAGAUUUAAGAGGUUUUUGAGUGGACUGAGUUUGUGUCUUUAGGGGAAUAAUACUGGUCUGUACUUCUGUUUUAUAUCCAGUCUACUUUUUUUUUUUUUUAACUCUUCGUACCAUUUCCAGAAAUUUAAUGAAAACAGUCUGAGUUGCGGGUUAUAUUUAGUUUGUUUUCUCGAGCUCUAAACAAGCAAGAACCGCUGACCCUCCUCUGCAGGUUUUGCAAUUUUCGUGUCUUUUUAGACUUCCUUCGCAAAAUAAUUCAAAGAGUUUGCAGUUUUUAUUUAAUUUCCUUUUUUUUUUUUAAACGAUGGGUGUAAGGUGGUGAAAUAUUCAGGUAUGUUUGAUUCAAUGUGCAAUAUAUACAGACAAGUUUGUUUAAUGUGCUACAGGGUGAGCGUGAGCCAAAAAAUCAACAUACAGCCCAAGGGAUCAUGAAGGGAUAUUUAUAGCUGCCAUUGUCUGCAACUAUAACUCGAUGCCAAACCCGCAGCUAUAAAAAUAUACAACUCGCUCUCAGCGUGGAUGCAUAGAGUUGGAGUUCAACCUUGAUUCCUGUCAAAUAUUUGCAAUAAACUUCACGAGUAGAGCAAUGUUUCUGUACAAAAGACGAGGCUGAUUAACUGUUUGAAACUUUGAUUUUUAGUGUGAUGGUUGUGUAUAAUUUUUAAACAGACGGUGAAAGGUUGAGAGUGGGGUUAUUUCCGCGACUUGUGAGGUCUUUGUACAAAUCACUAUUUCAAAUGUGUUAGUUGAUAUUGUAAGGAGUUAGAGGCCUUUUUUAUGGGUCUGAUUUCGUCCCUGAAAGAGUUAAAAGAAAAGCUGAGUGAAAAUCUUAUGAAUCCAGGAAGUUGACUUUAAAAUCACCUCAUCCACUGAGUUUUUAAAGGGCUUCAUAACAUCAUACAAAUGUCAUCAAACUACUAAAAAGCAUAGCAGUUCUUUGAUUAAGGUUGACCCGAUAAUGGAUUCACAGGUUUUUCACAUGAUCGGAUAUUAAGAAAGAGUAAAAACACGUCACAUUUAGAAACUAGAACCUGCAUGAGAGUCUGUUGUAUUCUAGGCCACCUGUUGGCACCCAUUCCUGAACACUACGAGUGUGUUUCACUGUUUACCAAUGUCCUUGUUUGACUGCUCUGUUCAGUUUACACUGAGGAAUAAAAUCUGUCAGACUGCAGUUAAAUAAAGUGAUCUGUGGUGUGACUGUG